AAUAAUGAGAAAUACUCCAUUGGAAACGGUACGCCGUUUGAUUGUAUCACAAGUUUUUGCGUGUUUUGACCAACAAAAAUCUAAAAGACCAAGUAUCAUAGCCCAUUUUCGUUUGAAUUUUCGUGGAAUCUCAGUUGUGGAUACUUACUGCCCAGUUGGAAGACAUUCUUGCCUUGAUCUCUUGCGUGAACAGAGAUAAACAGAUAACAUUGCGUACAUUGAUGCUCGGAUGUAGUUUUCAGGUACAUGUAAGUUGAUUCCGCUACAUGUACACAGUCUUCCAUUGUACUACAAAUAUGGUGGAGUAUUGACAUAGCAUCAACGACUACAUUUUAUUAGAAAGAAUGUUAUAUUUUACAAGCCGUGAAAGGUCCAUGUAAAAUAAUAUGUGAUUUUUGUAAAAGUGGAAUAACGUUGGAUCGGUCGGUGAGAAUUGACAAAGUGAACCAAACUCUGAGGAGAGAUGCCCCAUAAGAUUCCCUUCAGUGUAAUCUACGCCAGCAGUACGGAUGAGGGUUAUAACUGCAAGGAGCUGGAGAUACACAACCCGUUGGUCAAGGGUUGGGUCGGGGGACGCUUCUGUCUCUACCCACAGGAGAUCGUACUGCGUUUACCGGACAAGACUCGGAUCAGAAAGCUACAGCUCCUGUCUCAUCAGUUCCUCAUACCAACCAAAAUUGAGUUCUAUGUUGGAAGUCUGCCUCCUGAUCACAUCACCAGUUUGAAUGGACAAAGAUAUAAAAGAUUAGGGUACAUCACUCUGUCUGAUAAUGCCAAGACUGGCUUCAAAGCCAGAGAGCUAAAGUCGGUUCAUGUUGAUGCAGUUGGGAAGUACCUUCGAUUAGUAGUCUACAAGAACCAUGUCAACAAACAUAAUCUCUAUAACCAGGUUGGUCUGGUUGCAGUGAACAUCAUUGGAGAUGAGUUAGCAACUGACAACAGCAAGAACGAUGGAGGAGGGAAACGUGUGAAUGAUGUCAUCAACCAGCACAUGCCUCCUGGCUCAACAUUCAAUGAAGAUGAAUUAGGCAGGAUAGGAGAGGUCGACCCCAUAGUCCUCGGUGCUAUCAAUAAACCAGACUACAUAUCUCCAAUGGAUGACUUGGCAUUUGAUAUGUAUCAAGACCCAGAAGUGGCUAAUAUCAUCAGGAAACUAGACAACAGAAAGAACGAAGCUGUUAUACAGGAGGAGUUUGAUUUAGCCAAGAGAUUGAAGCAGGCUGUAUCUGACCUUCAGAAGGUUGGAGAGCGAUUGGGUCGUUACGAGGUGGAGAAGCGACGAGCGAUAGAGACGGAGGAUUAUGACCUUGCCAAAGUCAAGAAACUUCAGAUGGAGGAAUAUCGACUACAGAUCUACAAGCAAUUAGAGCUUUAUGAUCUACUGGACAUCAGUAAGAAUCUUGUGUGGCCACUUAAAGAUUGGUCCAUGCAAAAUAAGGAUGUACAUGUACAUCCUGAGUCACACCAAAAGCCUCAAAAGAUUGCCCCACCCAAGGAAGCCGCCCCAAGGAGAGAGGAGAGAAGGGAGGAGCCAAGGAGAGAAGAGAGGAGGGAGGGGCCACCCCCAAGGGAUCCUGGUACCCCACCUCACAACCAGGAGCACAAACCCCCUGGUGUAAGCCCAAGAGACCCGUUCAUCUACAAUGCUGAUGAUAGGCCGCUUCCUACACUCAAAAAUUCCCCUCGUCAUCCGCCUCCAGAGUUGCCCCCGGUGGAGGAGCCUGAGACAGCGAGGACAGAGGAUGAGACCGGAGGGGUGACUCCCGGGAGAGGACAGCUUGGUGCCAUGUCUGACAACAACAUCAGGGAACUAGAUGCUGCAUCAGAGGUCUUUGGAAAGGACAAGGUGAUGAAGAUCUACUCUAGGAGCUGGGCCUUGAGGGAGGAGGGUUUAGGAGACGUCAGAUCUCUCGUAGAAUCAUUGGAGGAAGGGAAAGAAAAGGAGGAAGUUCGUGCUUUCCUACGAGCGGCCAUCUUUCUGGCUACAAAGGGUCUGAAGGACAAAGUCUUCUCGGUGUUCAACAAUGCGGUCGACUUAACCCGGUUCCUCUUCACAGAGUUCAUCCCAACUCAUAAGAAACUUGGUAAGGGAGAGACGUCACAGGGAGUGGAUAGGAUCCUACCAGAACUCAUGGCAAGGAUCGGUGAUACGAAUGCCAAGCUGAAAGUAACCGACAUUGACUUCAUCGUUGAGAUGGCAAGCUUCCCUGACGUGCGCCCUCUACACACCAUCCCUGUCCAUUGCCAAACACCGUUCAAGAACAAUGCUCAACCUAAGAUGGCUGUCACCAGGGUGGAGAUCAUUGAAAAGCUUAUCAAGGAACUAGGGGUAGACAAAAACAGUGGGAUGUCGACCUCCAGUGUAAUGAAGUUUGCGAACCGUGGCUUGGAGCACCCAGCUGGUAUCGUGCGAGAUGCAUCCAUUAACCUCAUCUUUGAACUCUACAAACUCAAGGGGUCAGAGGUCAUGUCGCACCUGCCGUCGUCUGAGCAACCCUCCAUCAUGAAGAACCCCCUCUAUGGCAGGAUAUACGAUGGCUUUGAUAAGAUCGAUGGCAAACCAACCAGAGCUGAGCUCAAGGCUCAGGCGAAGGCUGCCAAGGACCAUGAUAAGAAGGCCAAGAAAGCAGAGAUAGAUGAUCUUCAGAACCAGCUAGCUGAGCUCAAGGCAGCAACAGCAAAGAAUGUGGAGAAGAACAAGGAGAAGAAGGAAAAGAGUCCUGAUAAGAGUGUGGAUAUAAAGAAUGCUGCCAAAAAGGCUCCUGCUGAAGACAAGAACAAAUUAAAAGCCCCUCAGAACAAGAAGAUUCCUCCCAGAGCCCCUAGCAUCGCUGAUGCCUCUGAGUAUGGUGAAGACAUCGAUCAGCAGUGUAUCUUCUGUGCAGAGAAAGAUCCCAAGUUUAAAGAGGAGGGACUUGAUGUACACUACUGGAAGUAUUGCCCCAUUCUCACCAAGUGUCAUAAUUGUAAACAGGUGGUGGAGAUCUCCACAUUGACUGAGCAUAUCCUGACUGAAUGUGAUAAGAGGGCUGACUUUGCACAGUGCCCUCGUUGUUCCGAGACGCACAGUAAAGCCGACAUUGAUCGAUAUGUAUCAGAGAAACUCUGCCAGCCAUCGAAGCCUGGGACAGCCAGGUGUCCAACCUGCCAUCUUAACAUCCCAGAGGGUGAGGAAAGCUGGAAGAAACAUCUGCUGGGUAAAGAUGGAUGCAAGGCUAGCAAGAGAAGGGAAAAUUACUUAAAGAGAGGUAAAGCAACUCCCAGUUCAGUGAGAGACUCCAACAAGGGCUCCGUCAAGAGUAAACCCGGGAGUAAGAAAGACAAAGAAAUCAAACCAAGAGGAGGAGGAAAAACACCCAGGGUGAAAUGAAACUCAUCAAGAAGGGGUCGUAUGAAAUCCACCAACUGUAUACAACAUAAGACGCCAAAUCAGUUAAGGAAAGUCAUCAGGAAGGUUCUGUUGAAUAGUAUCAAGGGGUUAGAAGUACCUCAUUGCAAGAGAAGGAAAGACAGGGCUAAAUAAACUCAUUAAAGAUACUAUGUCCCUUUUGCAGCCAACAUCAAAUUCUGUAAAACUUUGCAGUAAUUAUGAAUAA